GCAGUUUCAGGCACCAACAAUAAGAUAAUUUCUAUCCGAAUUUUUGUGAACACAUCAAGGAUCUAUGGAUAUUACUGUCAAAAGUUAUGAACUUUGCUCUUUAUUGCGACAUUUACAGCGACAUGUCGGACUAUUUCGAGGAAUUGGGACACGAACCCACUGGACCGGAGGGUGCCAAUGACUUUGAUCGAAACUACAAGCGUCUUCAGGUCCUGGCCGUUAUGCACGGCAUUGAUGUGGAUAUCGAGGUGCCGGAAGCAUCCAGGCGAGCGAUUGAAGAGCUUCCGGUCCAUGUGAUCCUGGAGUCGGAGGAGGGUGGUGACCUGGAGUGCUCCGUGUGCAAGGAGCCAGCCACCGUGGGCGAGAAGUACAAGAUUUUGCCCUGCAAGCAUGAGUUUCAUGAGGAAUGUAUCCUGCUUUGGUUAAAGAAAACCAAUUCGUGUCCUUUGUGUCGAUUUGAAUUGGAAACUGAUGAUGAGGUCUACGAGGAGCUGCGCAGGUACAAACAGGACGAGUCCAAUCGCCGCCAGCGCCAGAAUACCAUUAUGGAUUCCAUGUUUGGCUAAUUUUUUUGGUUUCAAUCGAAACAUAUUCCAGAAAUCGGUUUAGGGUUUAAAUUGUAUGGUAUGUGUUGUAAUAAAUGUAUUGUGAGAUUGGAUAAAUUA